CGCCCGCCCCGCUCCCCGCACCCGUGCUCGCCGCGUUCUGAACCACAACCCCCAGGCGCCAUGCGGCGCGCACAGUCUCCUGGGAAGUGUAGUCCUGACGCGCUGCCGCCAGAGACUCGUGAUCCCACAAUGCCCCGCGAGGAAAGCGCCCUCAGCAAGUCCCUCCCGGAGCUCAGGCAGCCCCGAGCGGCUGGGGCCCAGUAGGUCCGGAGUCCGCCCCCUUCUCUCCUCCUGUCUCGGGUCUUGCUCUCCCCCGGCGUCCUUCGGUGGGUGGCUCAGGACCUACCGCCCUCAGACCUGCUCUUGGGCCCCGCUGAGCCCCGCGCACACCGGCCUUGACCUGGAAGGCCAUCCCCAGCGUUCCAGGGCCGAGUGUGGGUCACUGGGCCUCUGCGGGGAUGUCACCUCUCCAGGAGGUUUGGGGGGCCUGCAGGUAUGAGUGCGCAGUAGCUGGACGUGGCGUCUGGAAGGGGCCAGUGCUGGGGUUCGCGAGGUGCCGGGGGCCCCUGCAGAGGGUGCGUGGGCAAGGCUCCUGCCUCCACAGUCAGCUACCCGGGAGCAGAUGCUGGGCUCUGCACGUUGACUGCUCUGUGCCUCAGUCUCCCCACCUGUGAAACUGGAAUGACGAGAUUGUCAGCCUCACAGGGCUCUUGUCAAGGUGAUGUAAGCUGCUUCUCAUCACAUGCCUGAGAACCGAGCGGGGGAUGGAGCGUGACAAUUAGUGUUCACUGCCAUUGCUGUUGGAGGUCCCCACUUAGGACCACACUGCAGGCAGCCAGAGAGAUGGGCCAGGCCUGGGGAGGGUUAGGACAAGGAGAAGGCAGGGCCAGCAUGCCCACCAAUGCCUGCCAGCUCCUCAGUAACACAGAUGCCAGGUGAUUUGCUGAUAUCAAGACCAUCUUGGCCAUGGUGAAAACUCGUCUCUACUAAAAUACAAAAUAUUAGGCCGGGCGCGGUGGCUCACGCCUGUAAUCACAGCACUUUGGGAGGCCGAGGCGGGUGAAUCACGAGGUCAAGAGAUCGAGACCCCGUCUCUACUAAAAAUACAAAAAAUUAGCUGGGCACUAUGGCGCGUGCCUGUAAUCCCAGCUACUCAGGAGGCUGAGGCAGGAGAAUUGCCUGAACCCAGGAGGCGGAAGUUGCCAUGAGCCGAGAUCGCGCCAUUGCACUAGAGCCUGGGUAACAAGAGCGAAACUCCGUCUCAAAAAAAAAAAAAAAUUAGCCGGGCGUGGUGGCGAACCUGUAGUCCCAGCCACUUAGGAGGCUGAGGCAGGGGAAUCGCUUGAAUCCGGGAGACAGAGGUUGCAGUGAGCUGAGAUCGUGCCACUGCACUCCAGUCUGGCGAAAGAGCAAGACUCUGUCUCAAAAAAAAAAAAAAAAAAAUACCUCAUUUCCAUACCGACUAAUUCUACCCCUCAGUGUGAGCAGGGCCUAUCGAUUCCAGCCUAGACCAUCCAAGCAGGUCCUCGUGGCUAGAAUCCCAUGGUUUGGGCAUAUACGAAGGCUUGAAGGGUCCAGCCCCAUCUUGGGCACCAGUGGAGGCAGGAGCUACCCACCCUUCAACUGCCCUCUCAGUGGCUGACGUCCAGACCAGGGAGCUGGCCAGGGUCCUGUAGAAGCCUCACUGGAGCCGCCCUUGUGCAGGACCAGCAGGAACCCCAGAAAGUGAGGCUUCAGAAGUCCUGGCGGCUAGGGUUUCAAAGCUGGUUCCCAUCAUUUGUGAGGACGCUGGACACAUCCAUGGAGCCUGUCCAGCCAGACACACAGGCUUCUGCAGUGGUUGAGGGUGAGUUCAUUUGAAGACCAAAGGGCUCCCCAAAGGGAGCCAGCCUGAGCUGGAGGUUGGGGAGACCUCCAAGCAUCGGGGCUGGAGGUCCUAAGAGGCUGGUAAGGGGUGGAGGACAGAGGUGCAGCAUGGAAGAGAACUGCCCCAGACAGCUGCAAGUUCCUAAGAGUGGCAGCGGAAAGGAGAGAGGGCCAACACCCCAGAAGCAUCACGGAGCUGUCAGAGGAGUCUGUGCAGCCAUGCUCACCCUCAGUCCUGGUUGAGGUGUUGGUGGGGUGGGGUCUGGGGUAUCAGCACAGACCCCUGGAGCAAGCCACCAUUGAGGAGCCAGCAGUGAGGCUGCUCCCCACCUGACUUCUCCUCAGGAUGGACAAGCACAAGGUUCUGGGGAGGGAAUACACACAGAUGCCCCCAAAAACCAGACUAGAGACCCACCCUUGGCCCUCCCCAGGCUGGCUGACCCAGUGGAGGGACUUUGCAUGAGGGACACUUUUUUUUUUUUUUUAAAGACGGAGUUUCACCAUGUUGGUCAGGCUGGUCUUGAACUCCCGACCUCAGGUGAUCCGCCCACCUUGGCCUCUAAAGUGCUUGAAUUACAGGAGUGAGCCACCACGCCCAGCUGAGGGACACUUUUAAUAUCUGGUUCAUCUGAAUGUUUUAAGCCACAAAGAUCCCCUAGCAUACUGACUCUCAAAGCAUGACCUAGGUUGCUGGUUGAGAACAAAGACUACUGCCCUUGUACUCCCCACCCCCACCGAGGGCUGGGACCCUGGGGUCGUUGUCCUCGGUGAUACCUGUGUGCAGAUCAGAAGUACAGGCCACAGGCCAGCCAGUGUGGAUGAGAAACUAGGGGUUCCCAGGGGAAGAGGCUCAGAAGGGCUGGGAGCUGCUUCUCAGAGGUGCAGAGCGUGUCCCAGAAUUGGGAGGGAGAGGGAUGUGGUCUGGGGUGUGUAUCGAAGCCCUAACAACCUUCCCAAGCUUCGGGGAGGGACAGAGGCCACUGCAGGACAGGGUGUGUGAAGACGACGGUGUGGAACAGACAUGGUGGGUCUGGGAGCUGGUGGGGGGUGGCCACGUAAGAUGGAAGGGAACGGUGGGAGGUGUCUCAACAAUCCAGGGGGUAGAGACCAAACCCAUGACAGAAAAUAAACUGGUGGGAAGAAACCAUCAUCCUCUUCAUACUGACCUCUAGCAGAAAGGCAUCAUUCAGUUAAGAACCAGGCCAUGAACCAAAUGUGGUGAGCUGGGCCCACGGCUGACCCAGACAGAUGGGAAUGGCAUCGAACCCAUGCUUGCUGCUGCUGGAGCUGCAGAGGCUGCCGGUGUCUCACGCCUUGUUUGGCGAAUUGGUAAAGAAAUACUUGGGUUUUAGUAUCACACUUUCAGAAAACGUUUCCAUACGGCAUGUUGGUAUAACUGGUCUCCUCUACGAUUCCACAAAUUUUACCUUGUGCACUGUGGAGGAGCCUCAGCGAGGAUUCUGGGAACGGAGCCAGUAGAGGCCCUGUGCUGGGCCCUUUCCCUCCUCCACGAGAUGCCAGGUGGGGCCCCGGGAAUGGCCACACAAGACAGAGCUCGUGAGGAGCCUGACAUGUCUCAGUGGGUCCCAGUGGAGGCUCACACUUGAGGACAAUGGCUAGCAGGUCGGGGAUUCCUCAGGAAGGGGACCCAGCCUACAGGGCUGCAUCAGGGAACAUGGGAGCCUGGUCAGACAGGUUGUGGAAGGAGUCAGUGGUGGCCUGGCUUCCGGCAGGGGCAGGUGAUGGAGAGAAAGGAGUGGACGGGACAGGCAGGGAAGGAGGUUAGCUGGAGAGGUCAGGUGUGGCCGCCAGCCACACCCCAUGACAGGAGCCCUGAACCCUGGCAUGGUCCAGCCCUGUGUGCAAGUAGCCACUGCAGGGGGAGAGGUGUCAGCCCAUCCAGGUGAGCAGAGAGCCUGCCAUCUGGUGGGGUGGUUCUGCCCCAGGGCAGAGGCAGGCCACUGGUCCCAGAGCCCAUGAGGAGCAGUGGCCUCUAGGUGGCGGGAGUGAGCCAUGGACCCAUGGCCGUGCAGCACCACCCCACCCUGAAGUCCCCGGAAGGUCCUGUUGGUUCCCAGCAACAGCCACAGCUGCCUCCCAGGACUGUGAACCGGGCGAGGUGAGAAGGUGACCAGUCCCAGAGAGGGGCCUCGCUUGUGAGGGCUGUGGCGGUGACCCACCCUGAAAUUCCCCUGAUCCCGGGUCCCUCAGGAGCUCUGGACUUCUGGGACCUUGCUCAGAGCAUUCUGGCCCCCGCUGGCAGACCCCUCCUGGACCUUCCCGACCUCAGCCUCCUCCACGGAGCUUCCCCGAGCAAGCUGCCCAGGGCCACCAGACCCUCUUGUGCCCUCAGGAAUUUGCACCCAGAAGCUGACACAUCAGAACCAUCGAGUCUCCUGUGGGGCAUCCCCACAGGCGCUGCUCCAAACCCUCCUCCCAUCCUCCAACCUCUGCAGCUGAGGAACUUUCCUUCCUCUGUGUUUGUCUCAGGCAGGCACGCAGGUGGGAGCCUUGUACACACAGGGAGCCGCCGUCGACUGGCCAGAGUGUCUGUCUCUCCCACAGCCCAGAGGACAAGGCCUGGCUUCCACUCUGCCACAUUAGGGCCACGGCUGAUGUUCAAGUUUGGGUUAAACCCUGAAAACAGAGCCGGAAAUGCACAUAGCCUAAAGGGUGCUCACAGCGGAGGCAGUGCAGAUGGAGGGGAGGGACGCCCACUCACCCACUCCAGGUGCCAGGCCUGUUUCAUACUGGGAGCCACAGCCACAUGAUGUGCAGGUGGAGGGGAGAAGCCUCCUGAUUAGGAGCUGCCACAGGGUGAGGAGUGCCUCAAUCCCCUUCACAGACCCAGUGGCCACGCAACACCAGGCUGGAUCUCUGUGGUCACCUGCGGCCAGCCUCACCUGGGGCUGUACCUCAGCAAGUGGAGGGUUCUGUCUCCUCCUCCAGGAUGUCCUCCAUACUUGAUGUAUUUAUGGACAGAGAAGUAUGGAUAGUCCUUUAGGAAUUCUCUGUGGGGAAUAGGGCCCUGUCCUGAGGGCCCUAAGGGGAUGCUGUGUCCCACCUUGGAGGUCUGAGGGGGCAGCCCAGGCCCCAACAGACAUCUGGGGAGAACCCCCCCAGUCCAUCCCACAGGACCUUUGGCCCAAAGGUCUGCCCAUCCCCCAUCCUGAGUCCAGGAAACAUCGGAAGCGCAGGCCAUUUAUUUUUCUAUUUGCCUCCCCCGCCCCCUGCCCGCCCAAAGCCGACCAUGACCCCAGUGGCCGCCAUCCAUGCUUCCCCUCUGGCCGAGGCAGCGCCGCGGUGGGAAGGUUCCUGCUGCCAGACUCACACGGAGCCCUGCUUGCUUCCUAUAACCACGGAGUGGGGGCUGGGGGAUCCUGCAGCCCCGGGAGCCCCAAUCCCCUGCCACCCAUGGGCAGCUCUCCCAUGGCCCAAGUCCCCAGGUGCUGUCUCUGCGCCCCAUCCAGCCAUCAGCCCACCAUGGGGGCUACAGAGCUGUGACACCAGUAGACCCCACCCAGGCCUCCCUCGGAUGCCAGGCAGCGAUGGGCCGUUGGUCCAGCAAGUAUUCCCCUGCCCCAUGCACCAGCAGAGGAGGGCGGGGUGGGGACUUUGCCAUCGCAGCAGCCGGCUCUCUGAACCUCAGUCACCCAGUCCGCAGAAUGGGAAGAGCCACCUGCCCAGGGCAGCGUCUCUCGGAAAGUCCCCAGCCCAGCCCAUAGCCCUGGCCCAGUCCCAGCUCCCUCCCGCAGAAGCAAAGCUGGGGGAGGCAAGAGGCAUCCCCAGAGGCUGAUGGUGGCCCUAGCGGCCUGCUCCAGGCUUGCUCUAACAAUGCACUUCCCCCACACAAUUCCCAGAAAUGCUGCCCUCCCUGCCCUGCCAGCCCGCCAGCCUGGCGGCCGCUCCACCCUCCCCCUCCCCAGAGGCCCCAGGCAGCCAUGGGGUCGGGGCUCUGGGUGAAGCCUGGAGGCCUGACUCAUAGGGUAGCAAAACCAGGGUUCCCUGAGGCAGCACCUCCCAGGGGCCCAGGUCUCCUCGAGGGAGACCAGGGAGACUUCUGGAGCAGCCAGAGUGGGGGCUGAGAGCCAACCUUGGCCAGGCCCACCUGCAGAAGCAGAGCCCCCUGCCUUCUCUGCUGAUGGCGAGCCUGUCCCUCCUGCCCCACACGGCCCCAUCUUUACACAGUAGCUGAGCUGAGGCCACUCACACUCCAUUCAGAACCUCCCAAGGUCCCAUGUUACUCAGAGAAAAUGCCAGACCCUCCCAGACCCAACUCUGAGCCUCCUCCCCUUCUCUCUGCACCAGCAGACUUCCCUGCCCCAGGGCCUUAAUACAUGCUCCUUCCUCUGUUAAAACACUCCUCCCAUGAACCCCAAGGGCAAGCCAAGAGUGGUCCUGAGAUAGCCCCUCCUCCCUGUACCUGACCCCAAAUUCUGGCUUGUUUGUGGGUUUGGUUUUGGUUGGGUUUUUUGUUUUGCCUUGUUUUUGUUUUUUGAGACAGUCCUCUGUCAUCAGGCUGGAGUGCAGUGGCAGGAUCUUGGCUCCCUGCAACCGCCACAUCCCUGGCUCAAGCACUUCGUGUGCCUCAGCCUCCUGAGUAGCUGGGAUUAUAUGCAUGCACCACCCUGCCCCUAAUGUUUGUUUUUCGUUUUUGUUUGCUUUUGGAAAUGGAGUCUUACUCUGUUGCCCAGGUUGGAGUGCAGUGGUGCAAUCUCGGCUCACUGCGACCUCCACUUUCCAGGUUCAAGCGAUUCUCAUGCCCCAGCCUCCCGACUAGCUGGGAUUACAGACAUGCGCCACCACACCUGGCUAAUUUUUGUAUGUUUGUAUUUUUUUUUAUAGUAGAGACGGGGGUUCACCAUGUUGGCCAGGCUGGUCUCCAACUCCUGGCCUCAGGUGAUCCAUCCACCUCAGUCUCCCAAAGUGCUAGGAUUACAGGCAUGAGCCACUGGCCUGUCUGUGGAUUUGUUGAUUGUCUCUUCUCACCAAAAUGGAAGCUUCCCAUAGGCAGGUAUCCGUCUAUUUUGUUCUCUGCCAAAUUCCUAACUCCUAAAACAGGGUCUGCUACACGGCAGGUGCUCAGUAACAACUGGAUGGAUAGAUGUCACCUGUCCCUGAGCAAGAAGGGGUGGAUGAACACCCAGAACACAGGCCUGCCCCCUCCAGCCCGUGUGGCAGCCCCAGCUGGCUGUCACCAAUGUCAGGACAAGCAACAGAAAGAAACACACAGCUUCAGGCUUCCAGCCCCGCGGUGCCCGCCGAGGUGGGAGACAGGUGACCCUGAGGGUGUCUCCCUCUGCCCAUUUCCCAGCUUGGCAGAGGAGGAGGCUGGGCCGGCCCAGGACGGGGCGGUCAGAGUGGGCACUGCCCUCCAAGGACCCUGGGAACUGGAGUGUGCUAACACAUGCCCCGCCAUGCAGGUCACCCCAUCAGCCACCACGGGGGCUACAGAGCUGUAGAGGAGCAUUCAGGCCUCCACAGAGGAGAGGGCUCACAUAAGCACAGGGCCGGGUUACCCACAGACCCACACCAAGCCACCCAGGUCUGAAGAAAGGCAGCCCUACAAGCAUAGGGGCGGAGACGAGGGUGGGGCGCGUGGACAGGGCAGGGGCGCCAGGCCAGUGGGGGAAGACGAGGGUGGGGACCAUGGACAGGGCAGGAGCGCCCAGCCAGUGAGGCCAGGGUGCACGACAGAAAGUCUGGCGCCUGCUCAGCCUAAGCUGGCCCCCUGCUCCCUCCUCACUGCGAAGCCGGCCUUCCUUCCUGAGCUGCAGUUUCCUGGCCCUGCCCUGCUGUUGCCUCAGAAAUCUGGGGCAGCCCAGCCCCCAGCCUGCUUCCCAUGGAUUCCCCCAGCCCUCUGGGAGCACUGGGAAGGGUGCACAGACACCCAGGGACACAGUGACCCUACAGCCAUCCUCAGGCAGAAUACCCCCAGAGGGCCACACAACAGUCAGAGCUCCAGCAGCUGCUCUGACACCCCGGCUCUUGUGCCCCGAAAAGCAGGCACAGCCCAUGACAACACCCGAGGCACAUGCCCAUCACAGCACAACUGCCCAGAAUUUGAGAACAGCUUCCACAUCACCAGGGCCCUGGGAGCACCCGCAGAAGCCCCCUCACUGCAGGUGACCUGAUCUUGACUGUCCACACCGCCUCUGCAGCCCGAAGCCCAGCAUCACCCUAUGCGUACAGCACUCCCAUCCCCACAAUCCCCCUGUGGCCCUUGGCUCAGAGAAGUCCCCACCCCUCCCGGUCCUGCUGGCCCCUAGCACCCAGCAUAGAUGAGACCCCUGACAUUGCAGAGUGACUGGCACAUCACCCCUUAGACUAAAGCAGCAGCACCCCACCCACACCCUCAGACCUCCGCCAACCUGCACUGAAGACACCGGCUCUGCAUGCGACUCUCGGAACCACUGGACUGUAGCAAAUCGCCAGGUGAACCGACCCCACAUCUAACAGUUGAGAGGCGCUGCCAGGUGAGCGUGAGCACAUGCACCUCUCAUUCUGCUCAUGCCCAGGAAAGCACAGGCACUUGCUGCCCCCACCUGCCCUCUCCUAGAGUUGAGGCCAGCAGCACAUAGGAAGGCCAGAGACAUGUGCACAGCAGGACCAAGAGCUGGAAGGCACAGAGACCGGAGAAGCCUCUGUCCCUGGGCAAAGGCCCCCGUGUCCACCUGAACCGGAGCUGUCACUGGCCAAGAGAGACGGGCACACACUGUCCACCUGGUUGUGAGGCGUGAGCUGGCCUCCUCAUAGACCCUGGCCCCAGCCUCACAUUCCCCCUGCCCUGGCCAUGCCUCACUAGGCCUGGAGCUGAAACCCAAGGACGAGGCCUGCUGAAGACAGAGCUCCUGAGAAGCCGGACAUGUCUCAUGGGUCCCGAAGGAAGCCCACCGAGGCUGCAGACAGAAAGAGACGGAGAUGCUACGGCCUCUUGAGUACAGUGGCUGAGAGGUCGGGGGCUCCCUGCAGGAGGAGGUGUUCAGCAGUGCGCAGAAGGUGGGAUCUGAACUGGAGGGAGCUCCCUCCACCUGAAACUAUAUCCAAAAGGAACCCCCACUCCACCCUUGAGGAGCAAGAGGGUCCAGGCCCUGCAGGACUUGGUAAUUGGUCCCAGCCCCACUGCUCUGCAGGGUCUGGGCUGGUGGGAGCCUGGGAGGUCUGUGCCCAGGCAGUGCCUGGGAGGUCCCGCCAUCCCAACCCAGAGCCUCGCCAAGCCAAGCCCCCACCCAGAGCCACCGAGGGGGACUACCCAGCACCCUUUGCAGGUCUCACUUGGAGGCUGCAAGCCCUGUCCAGGCUGAGGCAGAGGGGCAGGUGCUGGGUGGGAGGACAGUGUUCACUCAGUACCCAGGCCAGCCCCACCCUUGUAGAGAAGGCUUGCCCCCAAACUCUGCCUUUCUGUCUGGGGCUUGGGGGCUACAGACAAGCUCCCUCCUAAGGGUGGGCCGUAGCCACCCCCAGUCCAGGAUACACUGAGGUGGGUUCCAGAGGCAGAGGAAUGUCCUGAGAUGCAUGAACUGCCUGCCCUCCUUUGGAGAAGCCUUGGGGACCCUCCACACUUCACGGAGCAGGACCCCUGGUCCUAGACCUAUGGGUCUUCAUCUCCUCCUGGGAGAGUCCAGCUGGCCUGGCUCCCAAGGCCCUGGGCAGCCUCCAGCACGAGAGUCCCCCUCACACCACACCCAGGCAGACAGACAGACACAGGCCACACACAGACACACAGACACACAUCGGAUGCCCCUCCCUCAGCACAGUAGGCCACACCCACACCAUCCCUGAACAGCCCUGGAGUCCCUGCAGCCCUGCGGCUCCAGGAUCACACCACCCUGACUGCUGUCCCUAACCCCACUCUGUCCCAUCUGGACAGUGAGCCAGAGGGCCAGGGCUGCCGUCCUCCUCCCUGCCAUGUAGUGUACGGGGCGGGGGGGUAGCCUGGACCCCAGAGAGGGAAAGGAGCACCCCAGGAGGCUCCCCGCCUAGCCCUGGCUCACAGGACAUGACAGCCGGACACCUGAGUCCCACAGCACAGCCAAGAGGGAGGGUCAUGGCCGGCGCCAGGCGAGGCGGCUGCUGGUGGGUGUUGGGGGGGAUGAGGAGGCGAUGAGGUCAUGCUGGACACUGCCUGCCACUAUGUUAGAGCAGCUCCAAUGACUCUGGGCUCUCAGGGGCAGAAGAGGGCCAGGCAGAACCCCCAGGGAACUGCAGAUCCCUCCCAAUGUGUGGAGGCUGCUGCAGAGGACCUCUUUCCCAGGCCCCAGUGACCAGCCACUGCCCAGGCUGAGCCAGGCCCUGGUGACCCCAGACUGUAUCCCCAAGGUUGUGAGUAGAGGGAGCCUCUACUAAGUGGUAGCCCUUUGGGGAUCUUCACACAGCUCCCCAUCCCCCUGCACCCUCCUGCCUGCUGCCCCAGGACGCCCACCCACACUGAGACUGGGCCGAGGAUCCACCCACCCACUUUGAGAUGGAAGGGGAACCAGCACCACCUGGCAGAGGACUGAGCCCUCCCACCCCUGUGGCCACAACCCUGCCUGCCUCCCCAGAAAAGCCAGAGGCCGCACCUCCUGAUGCCCCAAAGGGCCCCCAUUUGCCAGCACUGGCUCAGUGUCUGUGAAUGAGGUGCUGGGCCAGUGGGGCAAACUGGAGCAAGGGGAGAUCUGGAGACCAGACUGGGAGACCCAGCCCCGCACACUGGGAUGAUGGGUGUCGCUGCUGAGCCCCCACGCCAGACUGUGAUGUGGGGCUAUGACACCUCGGGUGGGGGUGCCCCCUGGGGGUACGGGCCUCUCCUCAGAACAGGAGCAGCCCUGGAGACAGUUCAGGAACAGCCCCUGAGAGGCACUGCAAGGCUCACACAGAGCCCAGCUCGUUCAUGACACAGGCUGGAUGAGGCCGGCAGGGACAGAGAGCAUCAAGAGCUUCUGGCUGCACAGGCCCAGGGUCACCAAGACCUGUGGCCUCUACCCAUGGGGCUCCCGGCACAGUGAGGGGGACUGGGGAGCCUCCCGGCUUCAAGGAGUGUGGGGGGGAUUCCGACCCUGCCUUCAGGGCUUCGGGGGACACUGACCCUCCUCCAGUAGAACGAUGCUUGGCAGUGGGAGCCCAGAUCGCCCCCUGAUGGGGUGGGAGGGCGACAGUGAAAAUUCAAGAAGCUAGCUGCUCCUCUGGAACCCCCUCCCCCAGGUGAGAGGGUCCAGGGAGGGGCCAGCAGGAAGGACCCAGCUCCUUGUAGCUGCCCAGCCUCACACCUUCUUGCUGCAGCGGUGGCCUGGGCUGGGCAGGGGAGCCAGUGGCCCCUGCGGGUCCCAGCCCCCUCCACAAGGGCCCUGGGGGGGCAGGGAGGAGGCCAGGACCUCUGCAUCUCUGCUCUCCCUUUACUCUGCCGGCUCCUCCAGGCCAUCUGCUCUCUCCCAGCCUGUGUCAGCUUUCCCUUGUGCCAAAGUUGGUUUCAGAGUGGGGACAGAAACACGAAGACCACUUUGUCCCUUGAGGGCAUUCAGAGUUCCUGGGGCUGACAGUUGCACGUGAGUUCGGAGUUAGGAGCAUGAACGCCCCUGGGUAGUCAGAGGCUUCCCCAAAGACAGAGGCUUCUUCAAAGGUGCUGCACUCCAGGAAGACUUGCCGGCUGCUGGGAGGCAGCCGCCCAAGAACUUGGAGUGAAAAAGGGCCCUCUCCCCGCAGUGGAACCUCCUACGGGGGUCCGGGGGACGGCGCAGAUGGGGGGGUGUUGCGGGGAAUGGCGCAGAGCAGGACACUGCCGCCCGCCCCGUGACUGCCCGGGGGUCCAACUCCGUGGGUGGGUGGCAGCUGGGCUCUGACAGUCUGACGGCACCGGCCCACAUGGCAGCCCUUUCCCACCCGGGGGUCUCUCCUUCUGAGAGGGGGCGGGGGGCUCUGCGAGGGGGAGGCCUCGGCGGAAUUCCUCCCGGCCAGAGAAGAAAGGGGGCCCCCGGGGAGGGGGCGGGCCCGCUCCGGCCCGCCCGCCCCGCCGCCGAUUGGCCCCAAGCCGCUAUAUCUGGGCGCCCGCCCGGCCGAGGCCACCGCCGUCCCCACCGCCCUCCGCCGUCCCCACCGCCCUCCGCCCUCGCGCCCGGCUCCGCAGUGCCCGCCGCGCUCCCGCGCUCCGUUCCGCCCAGGCCGCGCCCAGCUGGAAUGCAGAGAUCGCCGCCCGGCUACGGCGCACAGGACGACCCGCCCGCCCGCCGCGACUGUGCAUGGGCCCCGGGACGCGGGGCCGCCGCUGACCCGCGCGGCCUCGCCGCCGCCCCCGCCGCGCCCGCCUCGCCGCCCAGCCCGCCGCGCACCCCGCCGCGCAGCCCCGAGCCGGGGCGCUAUGGCCUCAGCCCGGCCGGACGCGGGGAACGCCAGGCUGCCGACGAAUCGCGCAUCCGGCGGCCCAUGAACGCCUUCAUGGUGUGGGCGAAGGACGAGCGCAAGCGGCUGGCUCAGCAGAACCCCGAUCUGCACAACGCGGUGCUCAGCAAGAUGCUGGGCAAAGCGUGGAAGGAGCUAAACGCGGCGGAGAAACGACCCUUCGUGGAGGAAGCCGAGCGGCUGCGCGUCCAGCACCUGCGCGACCACCCCAACUACAAGUACCGGCCGCGCCGCAAGAAGCAGGCGCGCAAGGCCCGGCGGCUGGAGCCCGGCCUCCUGCUCCCGGGAUUGGCGGCGCCGCAGCCGCCGGAGCCUUUCCCCGCGGCGCCCGGCUCGGCUCGCGCCUUCCGCGAGCUGCCCGCGCUGGGCGCCGAGUUCGACGGCCUGGGGCUGCCCACGCCCGAGCGCUCUCCCCUGGACGGCCUGGAGCCCGGCGAGGCCGCCUUCUUCCCGCCGCCCGCGGCGCCCGAGGACUGCGCGCUGCGGGCCUUCCGCGCGCCCUACGCACCCGCCGAGCUGUCCCGGGACCCCGGCGGCUGCUACGGGGCCCCCCUGGCCGAGGCGCUCAGGACCGCGCCCCCAGCGGCGCCGCUCGCCGGCCUGUACUACGGCGCCUUGGGCGCGCCCGGCCCGUUCCCCGGUCCGCUGUCGCCGCCGCCCGAGGCCCCGCAGCUGGAGAGCGCCGAGCCGCUGGGGCCCGCGGCCGACCUGUGGGCCGACGUGGACCUCACCGAGUUCGACCAGUACCUCAACUGCAGCCGGACUCGGGCCGACGCCCCCGGGCUCCCGUACCACGUGGCGCUGGCCAAGCUGGGCCCGCGCGCCAUGUCCUGCCCUGAGGAGAGCAGCCUGAUCUCCGCGCUGUCGGACGCCAGCAGCGCCGUCUACUACAGCGCGUGCAUCUCGGGCUAGACCGCGCGCGUCCCUGCAGCGCCUCCUCCCGCAGCCCCCACGAGUGACCCGCGUCGCUGCCCGCCCUGCUCUCUCCACGCGUGUAUGUCUGGCUCCGUGUCACAGCCCCCCUAGGAGCCAGGGAUGCUCGGCCUUGCGCCUGUUCCACCCCCAGGCCCCCUGCCCUCAGGGGCCCCUGCGAGGGUGCCUGGAGUUCCCACUGUCCCGGGGCUUUUCCUGGAGACCGAGGACCUGUAGCCAGGGUUGCAUUUUUGAAGCACCUAUUCUUUUUCUUGCAGUGUAUUUUCUACAACCAGAUUAUAUUAAUAUUUUUUACUUUGCCCUUUUAAAAAAUAUACCUAAUACAAUAUAUUUAAUUUUUAAA